AUGGCGGUCGGUAUUGGUAUUGAGUAUGCCACCAUGUUUAAGAAACUUCACAACGUCGGUUUCUCUCAUGAUGCAAUCUAUUGGGUAUUGAAUUACUUAACUGGGAGAAAACAGUAUGUUCAAAUUAAUGAGAAACAAUCGCAGGUAGUUGAUGUACAGUUUGGAGUGCCGCAGGGAUCUAUUUUGGGGCCUGUGCUGUUUAAUUUGUAUGUAAACGAUUUGGAACCAGAUUUGGAAUGCUCAUGCUAUCAGUAUGCCGAUGAUACGACCUUGUAUCGACAUAGCGUCCCUUCAAAGAUACAUGAAUGCGCUAAGAAACUUCAGGAUGCAAUGACUGUGCUUGAAAACUGGGCAGUAGAAUCAAAUCUCGCCCUUAAUGAGACAAAAACCAAACAAAUGUUAAUAACAACCUCGAAAAUGUCCAGAGUACACGGACUUGACACCGUUGUUCCUGAUAUCAGAGUCAAG